AGCUACCAAAUCACAUUACACGUGUAACGGCCACGAGGCAAUCUCUCCCCCAGAAUACAGUGCUUUUUAAUUGCAUUGAGUGAGAACGGGAAGCCUGUCAAUCAGAAGAACACUCAGGAUCUGCUACCCACGUAUUAUUGCCAUUUGCUCAAAGAGUUGAGAACUUCUGCUAAGUGCCAACGGUACACGUUCCAACACCCUACAAACGUAAUCCGACACCGCAUGUCUGUUCAAACUUCAACGUUCAAACCGUAGAGACAUCUAUUCCCUGAGGCCUGAGCUCUGACUUUCAAGUCUCACCUUUCCCGCUGCGUCUGUUUUUCUGUUUCUGCUUGUUAGCUCGUACGAGUGCGUCUCUGCAGUUCCUUAGUCGGAGGGAAGAGAAAUAGUUGAAAAAAUGGCGGAGAGCUUGGAAGAUUUCCAGCCCAUGUUCGGGAAAGCAAAAGCAGAGUGGGAGAACCCGUGUUCCUUCCCUCUGCUUCUAUUCAUGUUUCAUGUCCACGCCUUGGAUGCUUUUAACCUGAGAGUGCAUGUCACUGAUUUCCACUCUUAUACAUGGGAGGCCACUCGAUCAGUUGUAGAGCUCGAAGAGUUGAGAGACAAUAUUGGCAUUGGUGGUUCAUGGUCUGACUUUGUUGAUUAUCUCAUAGCUUCAAUUAAAUCUGACAAUGUGAAACUUGUUUUAAGUGCUUCCCCAACACCAGCUGGUGAUAAGGAACAAGAACAUGCAUACCAGUUGUCACAAACUCUAUCUGCUGAAGAGGAGAAAAAUGAAAGUAUUCAAUGCCAACUUGAUGCACUCUUGUCUUCAAAAAGGAAAAAGCCACAGAACUCGAAUUUAUCAGAUAAAGCACCCUUUGUUUUUGAUCGUCUCAAUAACUCGGAUGUGAUAUCAGUUUCUGAAACACAUGAUUCUCCAGAAAACCAUUUCCAUUCCCUCAACUACAGAGAAGCCAUCCUCCCAAGAUCCUCUCUCCACAAAAGUCAGUCAACGGGUUGUCCCUGCAUAUCGCAGGGCAAAAGUCAGAGGAGUCCUCCUGCAGGAUACAGAAGGCAGUGAAGAUAACUGAAAGAUUGGAUGAUGAAGACUUUGUCAGUUGAUUUAAGUGGUAGCCAUCCAGACUUAACAAACAGGUAACACUUGAGUCAUUUUCAAGAAAUCUGCUAUUUUAAAUGUUAUAAAAUUUCCAAAUGCUUCGUGGUACUUGUACAAACCAAUUUUGAAAUGAACCCUUUUCACAAGGGCUGUCAUUCCAUUUAUGAAGGCAUCACAAGGGAAAUUUUAUGGA